AUGGGAUUAGCUCAGCUUUUACUCAGUUGGGAGCCUCCUGGUUUAGAUAUGUUGAAAUUAAAUGUAGAUGGUUCUAGGAGAGCAGCUUCAGGCUGUAUUGGUACUGACGGAGUGAUCGGUGGGGCUAAUGGCGAUUGGAUUUGUGGUUUUGCUGUGAAUUUAGGCAAGGGUUGUUGUUUCCCUUGUUCAGCAAGUUGGAACCUUGAGUUGUCAUCCUCUUGUUGCGUUGAUUCAGAGCUGUUGUGUUCUUAUGAGGCGUAUUAG